UGUGUGUAAGAGAGAAAGAGAGAGACAGAGAGAGAGAGGUCUUACACUGGAUAGAUCUGAAUGACAAAUGGCAUACAUUGACUGUAAGAGCUGGCACCACACACAGAUUUAUAAUAAUGAACUCUGAUCACAUUUUCCAUGAGCUAUGAGCAGAAUUGUGUGUCCUUACACCCUCUAAGAUGAAGCACGGUUGCAAGGCGAGCAGAUUUUGCUCUGCAUAAUCCCACACAUCAACUACAUUUAGACCUAUUCAUAAAUGUGCUUUCAUUACAUGCAAAAACUCAAUGAGCUUUCAACCUUUUGAAUACCCUAUGUUUCUGUGUGUUUAUGCAACUUUAAGCCUACUGUAUUUGAGGUCAGUUAUUCAGGUCCAAUAGCUUUCCAUCUCAAAAAGUGUAGCACCAAGCACAACUACUUUAAAAACAAUACAAAGGUAAUUAUCAGGUUACAACAUAAGUGUGUUGCGGCAGUACAGACUCUUUGUUACUUCAAGUACAACCUUUCUAUACGUACACUGAUAUGGAUAUGCGUUGAAAUGGAAACAAAAUGUUCGCUAAAGCUGCUGUUUUUUUCUUUGAGAUGAAGAGCGCCUUACAUCCGCAUGGUUUCCUGGCCGCUGUCUCUUUAAUAAGCUCGUGGUUAUCUAGUGUAACAAAUGUCUCGCUGCCAUCAUCAAGUCCAGGCGAGGAGGGAGGAGUUUUUUAAUGUUCAGUUUGUUCUGUGGAUCGAUGUUUGCUGGCAUCACCUCACCCCGCCUGUGCUGCUUGUGACAUAGUAUUUCAUACAAGCGGGUUUCUCUGUCCUUUCCGUAUGUUUCACGCGCUCGUCGGAUUUGGUGUCUGACAGUACUCGCCUUGUGACUUUCGCAAAAGAAACGGAAAGACAAGAAAAGAAUCCGCCAUAGAUCUACGAUAGCAGGAGGUAAAGAGGACCCGUCCUGACACCUGAUUUGCAAAGACAGCGUUUCUCAUUCUGGAUUGUAAGAAGACGACCUCAGAACGGCGACAUUCUAAAUAAAGAGUGGCUCUGUUUGCAUGGACUAUAAUAAAUCCCACACACAUUCCGCCUGGACGCUGCCUGCCUGAACUGCGAGUCCAAAAAUGCCAAGAAGAAAACAGGAGGCUCCGAGACGGGCUGCGGUUUACUUCCCUGAGGAUGAGGCUGGCUUACCAGAGGCCACCAUGGAGGAGGAUGGUGCAGAGCAGGAGCCCUCGACUGAGGAGGACAUUUCAGACAGGACCACCAGCCCUAAGGCCCUGGAGGAGAAAGAGACGGACAACAAAAGCAGCUACAGUUUUCAGAACUCUCCUCUCAGUGUUUUGUCCAAUCAAGAGCUAGAGCUGGAGUCCCACCUAAGUGACAACAGCGACCGUCUCUCGGACUUCAAAGCAUCUGUGUCUUCUCCUCAGAGCCAAAAAGAAGAUGAGGGUCGUGUGUCAAAGCUGAAGGAGGAGAUGCACAACAGCCUGGAGAAGAUGAGAGCCGCCUAUGCCAACUUCCUGUCUGAUUCCUACUGGACAGGAAUUGGAGUGGAUGUGAAGGCAAACAGUGGCAACAAUGGCAAAGCCAACUGCGACAGCACCAACAGCAGCGCUACAAAGACUGAGUUUGACUGGCAUCAGGAUGCCCUGUCCAAAACCCUGCAGCAGACCCUGUCCCCUAAACCCAGCGUGGCCAAGCCCAACCUCUUCAGCUCUGUGCACUUGUACCGGCAGAGCAGUAAAGCCUGUGGAGCCGUCUUCACAGGAGCCAGCCGUUUCCGCUGCAAGGACUGCAGUGCUGCCUAUGACACGCUUGUUGAGCUUACAGUCCACAUGAACAAAAGUGGCCAUUACCAGGAUGACAACUACAGCAAAAAAAGCGUUGCUUCCACUUCCUCAUCUAAAAGCCGCAAGAGGAACAUGCAGGACAUGGAGGGAAAGGAGGACGCCCAGAAGGUGUUAAAGUGCAUGUUCUGUGGCCAUUCAUUUGACUCCCUACAGGACCUCAGUGUCCACAUGAUAAAAACUAAACAUUACCAGAAAGUGCCUUUGAAAGAACCAAUUCCAGUAAUGACCCCUAAAUUAGUCCCACCAGCAAAGAAACGUGUGUUUGAGGUCACUAGGCCAUGCUCUCCUGACUCAACGACCGGAGCAGCAGGGUACGCUGAGGCCCAAAGGUCCUCCACAGGCCUCCCUUCAAAUACUCCCAACAACCGCUAUGGCUAUCAGAAUGGUGCUAGCUACACAUGGCAGUUUGAGACAUGCAAGUCCCAAAUACUGAAGUGCAUGGAGUGCGGAAGUUCCCAUGACACCCUACAGCAGCUAACCACCCACAUGAUGGUCACGGGACACUUCAUCAAAGUGACCAGUUCCGCCUCCAAGAAGGGAAAGCAGUUAGCGCUUGACCCACUAGCCAUAGAGAAGAUGCAAGUGCUAGCUGAGCCUGCCGGCACUGAGAAUGAGGGAGGGAAGACUUCCCCAAAAAGUGCUUCCACCGGAGAGAAGGAGAAGAGUGCGCAGAAGGACAAAACACUGGAAACAGCUGGAGAAAAUGAAGAGAAGGAACUGAAAGAAGAUCAAAAGCAGAGUAAUGGCUCUUUGAGAUACCCAUACUUACGGGAGGAGGAUCUGGAACAAGCGUCAGGUGGAGGAGAGGACAUCUUGAAAUCUUUAGCUAACACAGUAGCCUCGGCCAUCAACAAAGCUCAAACAGGAACUCCAAGCUGGAGUGCCUACCCAAGCAUUCAUGCAGCCUAUCAACUCUCAGGGGUAAUCAAGAGCACACCCCUCGCAGCAUCUCCUCCCAUUCCACUCAAACAGACUUUUAACCCCAAGCUGAGACCCAUUGCCCCCAAGGGAAAAUUGUAUCAGGGAAGUGGGGGCCUUGAAGGACUGCAGGGGCAUCAUGGCCCUGAUAUCAAGAAGGAGAAAGUGGGUAACACUGAUGCAAAGGAGAGCCUGAAGUUAGAUCUGGAAGAGAAUGUCGACAGCGACUGUCAGGAUGAUUCUUCCUCCUCUUCAAAGCUGGACACAGACUGUGGAACUGAAGAGAGGGAUGUGAUCAAAGACAAGCCGAGCCCGGCACUCUCAGAGAGAGGCAAAACUUCCCCAAGCCCCCCCGUCAGCAACGGCCACAGUGGUGCCUCAGAGCUCCUCGGUGACUCCCAAGAAGUCCUUAGCAUAAACCCGCUUAGUGCACUACAGUCAGUCUUGAACAAUCACUUGGGGAAAGCUAAUAAGCCAGUCAAUCCUAGAGCUGAAAGCACUCUAUCUGCUCGCACACAGUCCAUCUUUUCAGAACUGAGCAGAGGUCUGGAAAAAUCUGUCCUUGGUUCCUCUGGAAAUAACUUCAUGUUCACAAACAAUGAUCAGCCAAUAGACUUAACAAAGUAUAAAAGCAACAAGAGAAGCUCAUCUCACGUGCAGACAUCCACCCCCAUGCCCCAAAAGCAUGCACUGUCAGACAUAGCAGACAUGGUGAAGAUUCUCCCUAAGGCCACAACUCCGAAGCCUUCCAUGCCAUCCAGAAUUCCAGCUUUGAAGCUUGAGACAGAUGUGAGGCGUUUUGAGGAUGUUUCUAAUGAGGUUUACUCCGUGCAUAAACGCAAGGGAAGACAGUCCAAUUGGAACCCUCAGCAUCUCCUUAUUCUGCAAGCUCAGUUUGCCUCUAGCCUCUUUCAGACAUCGGAGGGGAAGUACCUCCUAUCAGACCUGGGCCCACAGGAGAGAAUGCACAUCUCAAAAUUUACUGGACUGUCAAUGACCACCAUAAGCCACUGGCUUGCCAAUGUGAAAUACCAGCUCCGCAAAACAGGUGGGACCAAGUUUCUGAAGAACAUGGACACAGGUCACCCAGUAUUUUACUGCAACGACUGUGCAUCCCAGUUCAGGACACCUCCAGCUUUCAUAAUCCACCUGGAGUCUCAUCUUGGCUUUCAGAUCAAAGACAUGAGUAAAUUGCCCAUGGAUCACCAGACUAAAGUCGUGACAGAGCCUGAGCUGCCCAAGGCUCUGACUGUUAGGGCCUUGGAGUCAGUGAAUGCAGAAGAGGACGGUGACUCUAAGUUCAAGUGCAAGCUUUGCAGCCGGACAUUUGCUAGCAAUCACGCCGUUAAGCUUCACCUGAGUAAAACUCACAGCAAAUCCCCAGAGAAUCAUUCACAAUUUGUUGAAAUGGACAAAGAGUAGCAUGGCCGUCUUUCACUACCUGCCGUCCCCUCGAUCCUUCCGUGUCAUUGCUCUAUUUGUUGUUGUUUUGGUUUUGUUACAGGAAAAACGGGUCACAUUUUUACAAUUUCCCCAUGACAUUAGUUUCAGCAUUAAGUUGUGUGCUUAUUAAAAUUUAAGAUAACAAAUAAUAGAAAACCAUAGAGCAUCAUAUGGACAUGGAAACUGGACUAAAAUGAAGAGAAAGUUUUCUUUUUUAAUGUAAAUUCAUCAACUGAUGUCUGCACCCUGCUCACGUGCUUCACCAGUAAUGAACUGUAUUACUGCUUGAAACAUAAUUGCUGAUGUUUGCAUGCAAUAGCUCUGGCUAUGACUACUAUUUAUUUGUAUGAUAAGGCAAUUUUUAUUGUAUUACUUUGUUAAACAAAGACCAUUUGGUUCAUUAAUUGUAAUUUCCAACUCUAGUAAAACACCUGCAUGUUGCACCGAUGUGCCAGCGGGUGGCCUGAUCCACAUUAGCACAUGUACCCAAAUGUACAGUAUGUUUGCUUUGUAAAUAUUUUGUGUGGCAAAUGAUAGAUGAGGAAAGCACUUUAAUAAAUGUUUAAUCACCAGUUCCGGCUCAGAAUCAGUAUGAGCUUACAGGUCUUGGAAGGUUUGAAAAGAAAUGGUGUCCGAUAUAAAUGUAAAUAUAGCAUUGUGGCAAAGAGAGUCUGAUCUUGUGGAGAAUUUUGAGACGAGGGGUACCUGCAACUUUUAUACCAAUAUAAAUAAAACAUUAACAUUUUC